UGCGCUUGCCGUCACCGCGGAAACUUGUUCGAAGUUAUAAUCGACGGUGAGCCCCGCAUUUCGCGAUUUGUUCGUCCAAGCGAAUCUCGGGUUGUCGCGAAGUGUGUUUUAAUUCCGUGCGUGACCGUGAGAUAUCCGUCUGUGAAGUUUCAUCCAUUCACUAUUGAGAGUUUGUAUCAGCAAUAAGAUCGUACGAGAAUAAUUGUACAUUUUGUUGGUGAUGAUGCAUUCAAAGAUUUGCAAAGCCCGUGUAAAUCUAUUUUAACUGUACUUACCAAGCGGCCAUUGAAACGUGUGAACAAUCUGAUGAAUAGUUGCACAAAGUACAUAAGAUUGUAACGGUUGUUAACUGUCGUUCAGAUAGAGUUGCAAGAUCAAAUGUGUAAUUAAAAGGUGUCACUGAACCUGUUUCGAUGGGCGGAGACCGUAGCUGGAUCAAAACGCGGCGAGGGUGAAAGGUCACAGAGUUGUGGCAGCGAAGGAAGGAGGUGAAAGCUUACAGAAAGAAGACCAAGAAAGGAAGAAACAGGGACGGCACUGCAGGGAAUUCGAAGGUGCUCGCCUCUGGCCAGAUACACCGCGGGUUGUAUAAAUCUGUGUAUAUGCAUAGAAGAGUCGCGGCAAUAGAAGAGGGCUCCAACCACGACAACGUGUAUCUGGGUCAUACUGCCGCUCUCCCUCUCUCGCGGGCGGGUGCUGUCGCUUCGAUGUACGGGUGUUACUGUCGUUUCUCGUUUCCCAUAAUUUCACAAGAUUCCGCAGAAAAAAAUCGUCGUGUCGCGUCGUGCGGAAUCAAGAGAGAGGGUGGUUACGUAUUUCAAUUGCAGCAUUGAUAUCUCAUUUUAACGUCGUCGACGAUAUUUUAGAAAAAAAAAGAAUCGUUCGCUCGUAAAAGAAUGCAUCGAGAUAAGCAAACGGUCUAUUAUCAAGAACGCUUUGAUAUAAGUAAAUGAUCAUUGGUAAGGGAAAGCAGUGCGUCGAUUGAAACGUCCGUUAUAUUCGCACGGGAAUUACCACAAAGAACAAUUGCAUAGAUGGUGGAACACUUCGGUUUCGAGUUGUAACGCGGUUUUUCAACGACCGAUGCACGCGAGCUCGUUUCGAGCCCUUUGUUCGCGCGAACGGUGGUGUUGUAUCGUGGUUCGGUUGAAAUUUCGAUCGGUGACCGGAAUCGAGGUCGAAUCGUCCGCGUAGAUUCGACGAUCUACCAUCCCGUGACCGUAACGAGCUGUUAGAGGAAAAGGAAGAGUCGGAGGAAGGAAGAGAGUGUCCACCCUGGGGGACAAUCCAGCGCCACGCGAGAACUAUCUGCGGAAGAGCAAUCAGCUAGCGCGAAACCCGUUUCUCUUUAGAGGACACAUUGGACGAUGCUCGGUAAAUAAUGAACCCCCGCAGUCAUUUAUCAAGCUCGAAGUAGCACCGUUUCGAGUAGAUGGAAGAGCGACCGGUUUCGAGUCUCCAGGAUGAAGAAAUAACAACUCGCAUUUUUCUUUCUAUGUAUCUGCUCGAACGUGAUCACUCUGAGACGUUUCGCUUCCUCGUUUAAUACCAAAUACUAUCACGUUGAACAAACGAUACUAUCGCAUCGAUGAGAAUAUUUGCACUAGUUACUCGGUUAUUAGCGUUGCGAAUGAAAUGAACAGUGCAAGGUCGAUGUCGUGUUUGAGAUGCGACCGACGAUCGGGUGGACACGGUGGAUUCGCCGCGAUAACUUCAGAUAGCGGUGCACUAGCUUCAUGAGAAGAAUUAUUAUCCUCGAUCACGGCAGAGCCGUUCGCCUGGUGAACCAUGAGACGACGAAAUAACAACAACAACAACAACGGUUACAACGGUUGCUGUUGUCAAGGCAAGAGAGGUCGCAGCGGAUGCAACGGUGGAAGCGAACUGCCGGACUGGUGCAUUUACGCGACCGUCGCAUUAGUCGCCGUCGGUUGUUACUUAAACGCACUAAGUGGUGAUUUCGUGCACGACGAUAUUCCCGCGAUAGUGAGGAACAAGGACGUGCUCGCGCAGACACCGUGGACUAGUGUUCUGAAAGAUGAUUUCUGGGGGACGCCCAUGCACGAUGUCAAUAGUCACAAGAGUUAUCGGCCGCUGACGACGUUAACUUUUCGGUUGAACUACUUGAUGUCGGGAUUAACGCCGAGCUGGUAUCACGCGACGAAUAUUGCCCUGCACGCCAUUGCAUGCGUUUUGGUCACAAGGGUGAGUCUAGCAGUGGCAUCGUUGAGGCCGGGAUUUGCUGCCUUGACAGGCCUUCUGUUUGCUGCCCAUCCUGUACAUACUGAAGCGGUGACUGGCAUCGUUGGACGGGCAGAUGUACUCGCUUGUAUCUUCUUCUUAUUGUCGUUCCUCGCUUAUCACGGGCAGCAGACGGCUUACGUGUGGAGUAGCGUGUGCCUCGGGGCGCUGUCGAUGCUCGCCAAGGAAACAGGCAUUACUGUUUUGCCUCUAAACCUACUUUACGACCUCUGUCGCUCCUGGCAUUCAAUCAAGAGGUCUAUUUUCGAGGCCAGAUGGAACGAUGACUCGAGACACUUCUCUCGCCGGGCUGCAGCUCUACUUGUUUCGUUCGGCGUGCUGCUGGUGGUUCGUCUCGCCCUCCUUCACGGCACUCUACCGAAGUUCUCGCCGCAGGAUAAUCCGGCAGCUUUUCAUCCCUGUUUCCACGUCAGAUUAUUGACGUUCUGCUAUCUGGCGGCGCUGAAUUGCUGGUUGCUGCUAUGCCCGGCAACGCUGUCGCACGAUUGGCAGAUGGGAUCCGUUCCUUUGGUCGCAUCGUUGGCCGACACCAGAAAUCUGGCCACCUGUCUGUUCUUCGGCGGCUGUCUGAUCCUCACGUACAAAGCUUUCACGGAUUUCGAGCAACAGAGGCACCCUCCUCUUCUUCUCGGUUGGAUGUUCCUGAUACUACCGUUCCUGCCCGCAUCCAAUCUUUUUAUUACCGUUGGAUUUGUUGUCGCAGAACGAGUGCUCUAUAUGCCCAGUGUCGGAUGGAUCCUUCUGGUCGUAUACGGAAUGCAAAUCAGCUGGACCGCCAUCCCGCGCAAAAGGAGUCUAAUUACGAUGGGAAUCGUGCUACUUCUUCUAUUAGGAUGUUACAAAACAGUGCUUCGAAACAGGGACUGGACGUCCAGGGAAACUUUGCUCAAGUCGGGCUUGCGGUCUCUUCCCCACAACGCCAAGAUGCACUACAACUUCGCCAACUUCCUACGAGACACGUCGCAACCGAACCGUGCGAUCCUACAUUACCAGCUAGCCCUUUGGUUGUGGCCGACGUACGCCAGCGCGCAUAACAACCUCGGAACGUUAACGGUGGGCGAUCAAGCGGAGCAACACUUUUUGGCAGCGAUACACGCGCAACCGGGCCACGUGAACGCUCAUUACAAUCUUGGUCAGCUCUACAGGAAGACAAACCGAACCGAGGAGUGCAUACAGAUGCUGCAAAAAUGCGUGUCCUUGGACCCGGCGUACACGCCGGCCUACUUGGUUCUGGCGAGAAUAACCACGGGGCCGAUGGCUGGUGCUCUUCUGCGACACGUGGUCAAAUUGCAACCCAGAAGUCCGGACCACUUGGCAGAAUACGCGUCGUGGUUGUACCAAAAUGGCAAAUGGCUCCCCUCCCUCAAGUACUAUCUCAAAGCAAUGGAAGUCUCGCCGUUGCAUAGAUCAUCACUUCUGGGAACUGUUAGGAUACUAAGGUCGCGAGGUCAGUGGCCAAGGGUGCACCAACUUAUCACCAGAUGGCACCUGAUGUUACGAGCGAAGCGGGGCGGCCUCAUAUAUCGUGGCGAUCUUUAUAUACGCGCGUGGCAGCUGCAAAGUGAAUCUCGUCGUCGGGCGCAUCAACAUCAAGGCAAUAUCUGCUUAUCGGAGGGUGGUUGUUCGACGCCUCGUGUCGCCAGCGUGUCGGUACAACUCGAACAGGACAGCAACAAGUCGGAACAGCUGGAACGGGCACCGCGUUGCAACGUACGUACCUGUAGGCAAUCCAGAAAGGGAAAGGCGCGCGUGACCGCGCCCGCGUUGCUCGUACAGAAUCUCCUCGAGACACUCUAGCCAGGUCGGUAGCUCGACUAGAACCACUAUUUCUCUCAUCGAACCACUCGGUUCCCUCGCGAACAAGCUGAGCCUCUCGAAACGGGCUCCGAAUGAAAAAAUAUGGGUCGAGAGUAUUGUUUUGCGUGAUAAGAUUUUCGUCAUGGAACAGAGCCAGAACGAGUCCUCUGGCAUACGUAUUCGAUGACGCGAUCUAACAACACUAGGAACGCGAGUUCAAUUUUUAAAAGCGAGAAGCUGUACGUAGGCUGCCUGGCUAAUACUUGACGAACACAAUAAACCUACUAUCGAUAGCGUCGGGGUAUCUCAAAUCAAGUAUAAAUUUGUUGUUGCAAUUUGUCGGGUGUGCUUUCGACGUUCUCCGAGAGAUGAAAAUUCUUGCGAUGCUCCGACUUUUUUCAAUAUAAUUUUCGUGCACCAUCGAUAUGGAAAGUUGUUGGAAAGAAACUAUUCAAAAAUACGAAUCGAAUAUAUCAAUUAACAAUUUCUUCCUAAAAAAGUAAUUCACAUGCAUACUGGGGGAGUCAAUAAGAAAUGUCAUUAAGAAUAACGUAAUAUUUAUUAAUUUUAUUCUAGAGUGUCACUUAAAUGAAUUUUAAUUUAUUGAAAUAUUAGAAUGGAUUCAGUUAAUAAGAUUCAUGAAGUAGGAAAUUCAUUUAAGAAAUUGUUUGAUACAAUGAAAUAAUUCGUGUAUUCAUACGAAUGUUUUUUGUUGAUUCAUCCUGUGUAUAACUUUCUGGAUGCUAGGAAAUGAGAAAAAACGUGGGGAUUUUUAAACCGUGAAAAUUACAUAAAUCACAUUUCUCUCGCAUCAUGUUCGACGACAACAGUUUCGAAGAAUAUUCUUUUGCCAUUCCGCGCAUUCCUACGAGAUGGAAAAAGCUUGGCCUCCGUUUUGGCCAGUGUGGAAUGUGUAAAUACUAUCGAAUACAUAGACCUGAGUUGAUAUUAUUUUUCACACACGAAUUUCGAUCAGGACUUUCACGAGUGUUUACCAGAAACAAAAAUGUAAGGAUCUCUGUAUAAAGGAAUUUUCCUCGGAUCAUUCUGUGCGUGUUUUUGUCUCCAAUUACGCCGGACACGUAGUAUUCCGCACGUUACUGUAACUACACGGUGCCAAUAUUUAACACGUAAUAUGGCGUUCGCCGUUCGAUAUGGCUUUUUUAAAACAAUUGAGUAUUUAAGACGAUGACGGAUGGAACGACGAAGGAGAAUAAUAAUAAUAAUGAUGUAUCGUCAUUCUUCGAUGAGCUUUUUUCGGCAACGUUUCAAACCGUUCGAUGAAGUACGAUUUCCGAUCGGCUCUUAUAUUGUAUUUCGUUUUGUAUAAAAAUACUGCUGAAAAAAUCAAAGAACUUUUGUUUGGUACAUGGUUAUUUGUUAUUUGGUAUUGGUAUUUAUUAAUAUCUAUGGUCGAUAUGCCAAGCAAUUUUAUGAAAAAUUUUUCAAGAUAUGUGUUCUGUCGAUAAACUAAUAAUGGCAUCAGAAAAUAUUAGAAAACAGAAAUAUUUUGAAUUUAGAAUAGAUAUUUUCGAACCUAUAUUAGGCCGGAAAAAUUGUCAAACUGAAAAUGGAGAGGAAACUAAGAAAAGAAGACAUUAGCCUCUUGGUUUAUUAAAACCAAACGGAUAUCAAUUAAAACAAUUCGAUUAUGACAGACCUGUAAUUCUUCUUAAUUGAAAAUAAAAAACGGUCACAGGAUACACAUGAUUAUUUUCUCUAUCCGUAUUUUUUCUUUACGUGCUUGCCAGUUAAGGUAAAUCGCUUUAAACGAACGCGUUUGUGGGAAACGUUGCCAAAACUUAAUGGAAGACCAAUGUAUAUACGCUGUACACUAAUAAAAAGAAAAGGAAAAGAAACAUCGAAACAUUCGGCGAUGCUUUUUGAACAAUUCUCUAUAAUAUUGUAUGUACGUUUGAGAUUAAGUAUAACUCGGAUGAAUUGCACGCGCGUGAUUAUCGAGAAUGGAUCAGACUUGAGAGUUUCUGAAGAGAAAGAAAGAGAGAGAGAGAAUGGGUAUGCAAUGGGAACUCGAAAUAAGAUUCGCAGAUGUCAAGAUGUAUAGACGUGACGUGAAUCUCUGUUUGGUAAGGCUUGUGUCGGUUCGUGUAUACGUUCUAUCUCUUCUCGUGCGAUCCUCCCCCCUUAUAUGCCACCCUUUCCCCGAUUCAUCCGUCGAAAAAUUUUCAAAUCGAAGCACGUUGGUGACGAGAUAGUGGAGACUGUCGUUGGCCAAGCAGCAAUUUACCUUAGCUUCUAAGUUACCGAAUUCGUUGCCAUCUUGGGUAACGAGAGUGGUAGCGCUUGGCUAGUCGCUAAAGGUCGAGAUGAAAUAUUUUUUUAAACGCGCCGCCGUCAACGAUGCUUCAAUAUUGAAUCGUGUGCUGGGUGUUGCGUGACUUCUUCUCCUUCCAAGGAAAUUGCGAUUAAAAAUUAUCAAUUGAAGCUUGUCAACACUUAAGAUCGAUCGAAUAUAGAGAAAGUGUAUAUGACAUAUAACUGUUACAUGUUUCACAAGAAGAUAUACAAGGCUAUCAUAUAAGAUACAGACUGUGAAUGAAACAGUAAAGACAAGAUCCCUUGGUGUCCAAUAAUAAUUGAAAACUGUUUUGUCCUUCACAUUUGAUAACACAUUAAAUUGAAUGAUUUACUAAUCAUAUUUUGUACACCUGUACGCACGCAACACUUGAGGUGCACGCGACGAGAUUAAUGUGAAACUAUCGUUGCUUGAAUCUCCCAAGAAAGAAGUUGAGCGUGUAAAACCUUGCGCACAAAUCGGUUACGAUUUGACGGCUCGACGAAGCUGAUACGACGUGAGGAAUCGAUGUAAUUUAAGGAUCCAGCAUAAUUCCUUGAGACGACGAUGUAAACGUUAUUUUAUUAUCGUAACGAAUAGGUAACGGAGAAGUAUUUAUAUAGCUAUGCUUUAAUACCUGAACGGUACCGAAAUUGUUAACAAUAAUUGCUCAGCAAAUAAGACGAACAGACAAGAUUGUUCAUCGCUUACUGUGUACAGUACAACACAAUUAAGAAACCAAACUACGGCUUCGUUUAUUCAACUUUAUCAGUUGCGUGCAAUAAGUAUAUCAUUUGUCGUUCCCUUUUAAUCAUCAGAGAAAGAAAGCUUACGUGAAAGAAAAUUACUUUCGCUAUGCAUGAGAUUUUGCAACAAACUAUGUACGUCAGAAAAUGAGAAUAAAACGGCUCGAGCUUCAGUUCCUAACGGAGUUCAAAACAAUUUUCACUUGUCGCGUUACUUUCUUUUACAAACUUUCUGAUAAAAAAGAGUCGUUGGAACUCGAUGAUGCGACGGGGCCCGAUUUCGCGUCGAUUCAACGGCCAACGACUGAAACGAGGUAAAGGAAAAGAUAAACCAAUGGGAAGACGAUAUUCUUAUUUAUUGGGGUAGAUGAAAGCACUGGCUGGGUCGAGGCGGGAUCGGUCCGUACGUGGGCCGCGUAUAUUAUUAGCAGCAAAACUUAAUUAGUCUAGGUUAUUACUCCAUAGACCAGUUUGUACAAUACGUUAUCGCGCAUAUUCAAUGUGAAUACGAAUGCAAUUAUAAAUUAUCAUAAUAAAGUGUAUGUUUAUAUACAUGUA